GUCUUGAUAGCCAUGAUAAUGGGAGAGGAUACACAACAGGUUAUUAAAACAUGUGAAGAAAUCACAAUUGACUUAAAAAUCCUUACAAAACCUGGUGUAGUAAAGGAAUCAUCAGUAUGCGAACUCUUAGGUUGA